AUGCUGUCCAAUCCAACUACAGACCUUCACCCGAGGCAGAGGCAACACCGCCGCCAAAACUCGACACCCUCUGCCUCUGAGGUGAGGUCCCAGAACCUGCACACCCCCCUCAGCAACAUCAGCAACCGACGACGAGCCGCGGCCCAUCGUCGCGGCCUCAGCCUGGACACCCGACGCUUCCAGCAAAUGCUAACACCGACGACAACACAGCAGGACAGCACGGUAAGUAUGAGUACUAACAACACAGGAUUAGCCAACACUUCGCAGCAUCGACAACUGCGAGAAACGCAGCAGCAACGCACACAAGCACGCCCGGGCCAGCAGCCCAACCAGAAUCCCUACCUCGCCAUGAGGCACGGUGAUACUGAAAACUUUGUGAUUCCCCCCAACCAUGCCCCUUACAGCCAACGUUUCGAUGCCUCAUGUUUCGAGUCGAGCACUGCUCCCUUUGCCCCCUACGCCGAGCAGGUCAACAUGAUGAUGCAGAGAAACCAAGGGAGCUAUGGUACCAACUUGUCAAGCGCCAAGGACUUUGACCUCUUCACUGUCGAAAACGCCCAGUCCAUGCCCUCCUAUGCCGCCAUCCCAGAGAGCCCCAGCCAGGCUUGGGUGGCGGACGGAGGUAAUGCAACCAUCCGCCGCUCAGCUCGCCGAAUCAGCGACGGCAUCAUGGACCGCGUCGCCAUUUUUGAGAGUAUCAACAGUGAGGAGGCCCAAGUUCCUUCAACGCCACCCAACCAGCAUGAGGAUGGUGAGCCAGCUUGGUCGACCGAGUUUCUGUCUUCAAGUCUAACACCUGUAGCUUAUAUGCCGCCCACCCCUAGGGACACACCUCAUAACCGGGCUAUCAAGCAGGAAGCUCGCCCAGCCAGGUUCUCCGAGGACUAUGACGACAGCAUGGAGGAGACUCUCAAGCCCACACGCACCCGCAGUCACCCCCGUGCUCAAGACCUAUUCCAAGAUAUGCGCCAGCAAGCCCAGAUGACCAGUGCUGUGCUCAGCCCUCCACGGUCCACGCCACUCCCCAACUCCAAGACUUUCAAUAACGUGCCGAUGCACGCUCCCGAUUACAUGAGCAUGAACACGUUUAAGAGUGAGUUUAUGAAGAUGGACGAGUUUGAUGCUCUCUCGCGUGAUGCCGAUUUUCUCUCUACCGAUGAGCUAUCUCAACACACCACUCCCGACAUGCAGCACAUGGGUAGCUUUGGCACUGGAUAUGACAGCCAGGCAGAGUAUCAAAACUAUGAAGAGGUCACUGCGGCGCACCGCCAAAAGCGCUCGAUGCACCGCCGCACAGAAUCCAUUGCCAGUAUAGCCAGUGCCGCCAGCAUUGCCAGCAUCAACAUUGACGAGACCAAGACGGACACAGGCGUCACGACGGAAGAGAUUGCCCAAUUCAUACGGAGUCCCGAUGCCAGCGAUGGCAAAUGGGUGUGCCUGUAUGAGGAGUGCGGCAAGGAAUUUGGUCGCAAGGAAAACAUCAAGUCGCACGUCCAGACUCAUCUCAACGACCGCCAGUACCAGUGCCCGACAUGCAGGAAGUGCUUUGUCCGCCAACACGACCUCAAGCGCCACGCUAAGAUUCACACGGGCGUCAAGCCUUAUCCUUGCGAGUGCGGCAACAGCUUUGCUCGCCACGAUGCCUUGACGAGACAUCGGCAGCGCGGCAUGUGCAUUGGUGCGUUCGAUGGCGUGGUACGAAAGAUUGUCAAGCGUGGCCGCCCUAAGAAGAACCGACCGGACAUGGAGACGCGCAUGGACAAGUCAGCGAGAACGAGGAGAAAGAACAACUUGUCUAUCAGCUCCAUGUCUUCGUUCUCUGGCUACUCGGAUAGCUCCGUCGCCAACUCUCCCGAGGCCGACUUUGACAUGAAUGACCAGGUCAUGGACAUGGGGCCGAUUGACUCGUCGAUGCAGGGCAUGGCUGCGCUAUCCUCUGCGCCCAUGCCCACUAUGGUGAGCCGCCGAACCGCGGACGUGGCUCCGUCUCCAUCCGUGGCCAGCCUGCACUCAUACGUCUCGCCCGAGGCCAUCAUGGACAAGGAGCCUGCGUCUCCGGCCAGGAGCGCCGCCAGCCACUACCGCAGCCCCCCUUCGCUGAUGCACUCGUCCUCGCCGCCACCAGCCGCUCUAUUUACCGUGGACGGCAACUCCUCCAUGGGAGCCGAUGAGCUGUCUGGCAUGCUUCGUGGAAGCGGCAUGGUCGAGUCGGCAGCAGCAAACACCACCCUGCCAAUGAGCAUUGGCCAGCAAGAAGAAGACAUUAUGCUGCAAUUUACCAAUGACGACGGUCUCAUUCAGCUCGAGCGCGACCCCAGCAUGUUGAUGAUGAACAAGUAUGACGACGAGUUCAACAUGUUUACCAAUGAUGAUGAGCUCUUUUUUGGCACUUCUUCAUGA